GUUAAAGAGAACAAAACUGAAAACUUGAAAUUAUUGGGCGCAAAGAGAAAACGGACAAAACUUUCCAGCAGAUUCACUUGUUACCUGUUGUCACGCUUCGGAAAUCAUCCUCCAGCAGCCAGGGAUUCCAUGAACAUAUAAAAAGGCAAUAUGAAUAGCUACAUGGUCAGUUCCUCUACCUCCUUUAUACGCACUGCAAUGCAUCAGUUGUUUAUUGUCGUUCUUGCCUUUGCAAUCGGAGUUUCCGCUCAAUUGGAUUCCCCUUAUUCGAGCCCAUCAGACUACCCCGCUUACGAGGACGAGCCUAUGAUGCCCUACACGUUUGGCUACACCGUCAAAGAUGCUCAAACUCACAGCAACUUUGGCCAUCACGAAACGGCUGAUGGGGAAUCUGUAACGGGAUCGUACGUUGUUGCCCUGCCCGACGGACGCACACAGAUCGUUUCCUACGUGGCCAAUGAAAACGGAUAUUUCGCUGAUGUCAAGUACGAAGGAGAAGCUAUUUAUCCCGAACAUCGGCAAUCAAGCUACCCCAACUAGCUCACAGCUGUCAGUUUGCAACCACAGGACUACAAUACUUUUAACAGAAUAAGUUGUUCCCGUUUGUUUGUUAUCGAUUCGGGUGAAAGUCAGUCAGGAGAAUUUUACUCUUUCAAUUUUACGAAAAUUAUUUUUUUCAAUGCACCGAUUGAUAUAAAUUAUGGUAAAUAAUGUUAUUUUUGUUACAAACCUUGACCCCUUUACGUAAAGUUUUGAUUCACUAUAAUAAAACGCUAUUGGUUGUCUACAGAAAAUCGGCCGAAAUCUGA